UAUUAAUUACUACAAACACGAAAUACACUCAAUAAAUGUAUAAAUUGUGGCAAAUAUUUUUAGUGUCUGUGAUUUCCGUGAUAUUAUUCAUAACUGUUUGUCUGUGUGUCGACCAAAACGAUUCAACGCAAACACAUAAAACUAAACUCAAUGGACGCAGGAAUCGGUCACCACUUAGACGGGACGGUAUUGUAUCCGAUGUUAUCGAUACGGUUCCCAAAUACAAGAUUACUGUAAAGUAUCCGUCGGGAGUUGAGGCUAACUUCGGUAAUGAAUUGACACCGACUCAGGUCAAAGACAAGCCAACUAUAAGCUGGCCAUCGGAAUUGGAUGCCUACUAUACUCUAGUUAUGACAGAUCCAGAUGCACCCACCCGUUCCGAUCCCAUUUUCGGUGAAUUCAAACACUGGUUAGUCAUUAAUAUUGCCGGUUCAGAUGUAGUCAGUGGUCAAGUUUUGGCCGAUUAUAAGGGAUCGGGACCACCAAAAGAUACAGGACUUCAUCGCUACAUUUUCCUAGUUUAUAGACAGCCAAAACUGAUUGAGCACCCGGUGUCCACUACGGACUUAGCCAAACGAUCCCAAUUUAAAAUAAGAAACUUUGCUAAGGAUAACAAUUUAGGCCAACCCAUUGCAGUCAACUAUUUUAUGGCACAAUGGGAUGGAAAGUUGGGCUAACAUUACAACGACUAAA